AGUCGGUUGCAUUAAGACAGCACUAUCGAGAGUUCAAAGAAGUAUCCAAAGCAAGAAACAAAGACUACCUUAAUAAAACAGCCCAAGAAGCAGGGAGUCUUUCAAGAACCGAAGAGAAAGAGGAACCAAAAAAAGAAGAAACAAGCAUAGAAAUACCUGAUAAACAAGAAAUAAGUGAUAUUUCACAUAGUACAGAUGACGAAAUGGAAGACACUCAGAAAGAUGCUGAACAAGCAAUCACCUUCUCAGAAGCAGAACUCAUAACAAGAAAUGAACUUGCAAUAAACAGCCCAUCUUUCAAGAAUAAUGAUAAAGAAAAUAACUCUCCUCAUAAGAAUACAUCGUCAGAAAUUCCAAUAGAAGAAGACUUUACAACGAUAUCCUACAAGAGGAAGAAAAGAAACAAACAAACCAAA